AUGUCGUCCGGUAUCGCCGGCGGGCUCGGUAUGGGCAUCAACGAGGCCAUCUUUGACUACCACGAGACAACCGACAAUGGCCAGGAGCUCACUGUCCGUAUCACCAUGCAGGAUCGAGACCCCAGCACGCGUGCCAUCAACGAGCGGACAAAGUCCAUCAAGUUCAUGUCGUCGGCGUACGGCGUCGACUGCGUGGCCAAGAUCGCAGAAACGUUCAAUAUGGAGGCACGGCCUGACUAUGGGCUGUACUUUCUCAACAAGUUUGACUUGACCAAGUGCUACUGGCUCGAUCUGACCAAGACGCUGCGGUACUACGACGUGCACAACCUCGAUGAGCUGGUCUACAAGCAGGUCAAGCAGCCGCUGAGGAUUCUGCUGAUGGACGGCUCGCGCAAAGUCAUCAUGUGCGACGUCUCGCAGCCGGUCGCCUCCCUUGUCGAAGUCAUCUGCGCCAAGCAGAACAUUUCCAACCCGGAAGAGUUCUCGCUCAUGGUCGCCGAGGAUGAGCUGACGGACGAGCAGCGCGCGGCGCGCGAGAAAGAUCUCAAGCGCCGCCGCAAACGCGGCGAGCCAGUCUCCGACGACGAAUGGCUCAAGGCCGACAUGACGCUCAACGCCCAGGGCGUCACCGCCGACACCACGCUCCUGCUCAAGAAGAAGUUUUUCUUCUACGACGCCUCCAUCGACACCUCGGAUCCGCAGACCCUCUCACUCCUCUUUGAGCAGCUUCGCGACGACGUGACCUCGGGCGCCCUGCCGGUCCAGUUUGACGAGGCCAUUCUCUUUGCCGCUCUCAUGGCCCAGGUUGUGCUCGGCGCACACGAUCCCGAUCGCCACCGCAAGGGCAAGAUCGAUGUUCGCCCGUUUGUGCCUAUCGAGUUCAAGAAGACCAAGAAGCUCGCCGAGAAGGUGUUCCAGGCCCACGCCAAGCUCGGCAGCAUGUCCGUUACCGACGCCAAGUUCCGGUUCAUCCAGCUCGCCCGCUCGCUUGACACCUUUGGUAUCACUGUCUUCACCGUCCAGGAAGCCAUCCGCAACAAGAAGGGCAAGUUGACCAAGAAGUUCCAGCCUAUCCUCCUUGGCAUUUCCAAGUCGCAUCUCUUCCGCCUCGACGCCAUCACCAAGCAGCCGCUUGAGGAGGCCUUUGCCCUCACCCAGCUCCGCCGCUGGUCGCCGUCCAAGACCUCGAUCACCCUCGACUACGGCGACCAUAAGGACGAGUACUACACCGUCCUCACCGAGGAAGGCCAGAAGAUCUCUGCUCUCAUCGCCGGCUACAUCGAUAUUAUCAUGAACCAGCGUCGCGAUCGCGCCAAGGAGCAGGAGGCCGACGAGCUCCGUGCCAUCGAGGAGGAGGUCAUCGCCCCGUCGCGCGCCGCAGGUGUCGCCCGCACCACCUCUGCCCGCCGGACCAUGACCACCUCCUCGGUCUCGCGCCCGGGCCUCUCACGCCGUCCAGCGCCUGGCGCCGCCGGCUCGACUACAACCGGCGGCCAGUCGCUCAACAAGCGCUCGCUCGAUCGCGAGCUGCAGUCGAUUUCGGCGCUCCUCGCCGGUGCACCUGUCAUCCUCGCUGACGAUCUGCCCGACGACCUUGCCGACCUCGCCGACGACGACGACGCCAAGCUCACCUCACUGCAAGACGCCCGCGACAUGCUUGCCGACAUUCUCGGCGAUCUGGCGCUCUCGGGCAACGACAUGAUCGCCGCCAAGGGCUCGUCACACGAUGCUGUCCUCACCUCGGCGCAGCGGAUGCAGAUGCUGGCUGACGAGCUGGUCACCGCCGCAGGCACCACCGCCGCCCUCCUGGGUGCGCCGGAAGAGAUGUCUGACGCGCUCGCCAACAUGCAGAUGCGGCUCGCGGGCGUCGUUGCCGCCGCCGCCAACGACGACGAUCCCGAGGCACUCGCCGACGCAUCGCGUGGCCUUGGCGCCGCUAUCGAUUCUAUGCUCGCCGCUGCUGCCAUUCCCGACGCCUCGCUUCUGUGCAUGGAUGACCUACUCGCCGCUGCCGGUGAUCUCUCGUCGGCGCUCGGCGGCAUGGUUGGCCUCAACGUUUCGGACAAGGUUGAUGAUCCCGAGGCCAAGGCCAAGCUUGCGGCUGCAGAGGCCAACGUCAAGGCGCUCUCAGACGCGAUGACCAACUCAGUCUCGAUGGCCGGCGCCCGAGUGCUCGACGACAAGGUCCAGGCUGCGCUCGAUGUGCAGCAGACCCAGCUCCAGGCCUCGAUCGUCGACAUGCUCACCCUUGCCGACGUCUCGGGUAUCGAUCUUGCUGACAUGGACUCGCUCAAGGCCGCCGCAGAGUCACUCAACGAUGCCCUGCUCAAGCUCUCCGAGUCGGUUGCCGACGCGGAUGAGCACAUCGACCGCACCGCCGACAUUGCGGCGGCCUCGGUCGCGCUCGACACCACGAUCGUCGGCGUCGUCAACGCCGAGUCGCGGAGCCAGGCACUCGCCGGUGCCAAGACCGUCUCGGCCGAGGCUGCCGCGCUCGGCGAGCUGGCGGCGCUUGAGGCCACAUCCGAAGUCAACCCCGAGCUCAAGGACGAGCUCAACCAGCUCUCGCAGAACCUCGCCAGUGCACUCGAGGCCUUUGCGGCUGCCACCGCGAACGCAUCGACCGACAAGUCGGAGGCUGCUACCGAGGCGCUCAAGGACGCGGCGCUUGGCGUGGGUGAUGCCGCGCGUGCGCUCCGCGCAGCACGCGAGCAGAAGCGCGCCCUCACCGAUUUGGCCAAGGCGACCAAGGCAUCGGUUGUGGCGAACAACACGCUGCUUGACGAGCUUGAUGCUGCUGGCGAGUCCAGCUCUCCAGCGAUGCUCAAGAAGACCGCCGGUCUGCAGACCAAGGUCCAGGCGCCAAACGAGGCGGCUGGCAAGGCGGCGCAGCUGUACCUCGCCGACCCGACGUCGCGAUCGGCGCAGAAGGAGCUGCUCGAGUCGUCCAAGGCUCUGCUGCACCCGGUCUCUCGACUGGUGGUUUCGGCCAAGUCGUCGUCGUCGGGCUACGUCGAUCCGACGGACCAGGAGGCUGUGGCCAACUCGGCCUCCAAGGCCGGCGAGAAGACUGCGCUGCUCAAGUCGGCCUUUGGUGAGGCCCAGGGCGUGUGCUGGGACCUCGAUGUCGAGGCUGCACUCGAUCGCAUCCAGGGUGUGCAGGGUGAUCUGGCGACCGCUGCGGCGUCGGCGGCAGAUGGCUCACUCCCGGAGAAGGAGUUCUUCGAGAACGAGUCGGCGGCGCUCGCCGAGAUGUCGUUUGCCAUGGAAGCGCUCAGCUCGGCGGCGGCAGUGCUGGUGGCUGCGAUGACCAACCUCAAUCCACAGGAUGUCGGCGCCGCGGCCGGCAACGCGGCGUCGAAUGCUGCCAUCCUCGCGUCGGCCGUCGUCACAGCGCAAAAGUGCAAGGAGGACGCCGCAGCGCGAUCGAAUCCGGUGGCGCUUGAACGCGCGUCUGAUGUGGCCGGCGCCAUGGCCGACCUUCUCACCGCCGCCGAGGCCCGCCACAAGUCGUCGUCCGACUCGACCGCCGCCGAUGCCGAGACUGCGGCUGCCGUGGCGGCGUUCAAGGACGCACUUGCCGCCAUGAUGGCCACCAUCCCGGGCGUUGGCGCCUGCAUCCGCGCCGAAGAUGCGGUUGCCUCGGCUGGUGCCGCGUUUGAUCUGGCCUCCCUCCCUCCGCUCGCCGGCCCGCUCACCGACGCUAUGACCGACGACCUCCUUGCAGCGGCGCGGGCGCUCUCGGACGCGCUUGCGCUGCUCAACCACGGCGCCAAGUCGGGCUCAAACUCGGAGCUCGAGCGUGGCGCCGAUGACCUUACCGUCGCCUUUGAUGCGCUCAAGACCGCGGCAGGCACGCUGGCGGCGGCGCUGCCGACUGAUGGCGCCCGUGUCCCGCUGGUCACGGCGGUCAAGGCCGUUGCCGAGGCUGCGGCAGCGUCUGCUCGCGACGCACGUAGCCUCGCGCACGAUGCCGACGACGAGGAGGCAGCAGGAGCGGCGGCGGCGUCGGCAGAUGCGUCUGCGGCGGCGGUUGCUGAGCUCCUUGCGGUCGCCGAGUCGGCGUCGGACGGUGCGGCGACCGAGUUUGAUGCCAUCAUCGACGCCCUCCUUGCCACUGUUGAGGCCAAGCUCAAGACCGAGUCCGGCGCCACGCCAUCGGGCGCGUCGUACCCGGCAGCGCUCGAGUCGCUGGCGACGUCCAAGGCGACAAUUGCCGACGCCGUCAAGGCGCUGAUGGAGACGACCAAGAUUGCGAGCGCGCCAGGGCAGGAUGCACUGAUGGCAGUGGCCGAACCGCUGCCAGGCGCACUGGCAUCUCUUGCGGCCGCAAUCGUCGACGCUGCAGCCGCGCUGUCUUCCGAAGGCGGCGAGAGCGGAGCAAGCAGCAGCGGUUCGUCAAGCACCACAUCGGGUGGACUCGAGCCGGCGACGGCGGCAAGCAUCGAGAAGAAGGGCACUGCCAUCACAGGAGGCGUCAAGGCGCUUUCCAAGGCGGCGGCCGGUAAGCCAAAGGCUGCGCUCAAGGGCGCGGCAGCGCUGAUCAAGCUCGCCAACACGCUUGCGGUUGUGGCCAAGGACGCGGACGAGAGCCUGGUGAGCCACAGCAAGACGCUCAAGGCCGCAUCCAGCAAGCUCUCCAAGGCUGCAGCAAAGGCGGCCAAGAGUCUGUCGUCGGGCGGCGAGGUCGACGUGGCACCAGUGGUGGCGGCUGCGUCGCUGUUGGGCGCAGCGACGCGCGCAGUGUUGAAGGCCGCCAACAAGGUUGGAUCUGGCAGCGACGGCGCGGGCGCAUCGUCAGCAAGUGGAUCGGGCAACGCGCUGUCGCCAGAGGGCGCGGCACUGGUCAAGAGCGCACGGGUGACGGCGGAGCAGCUGGUGGCGCAUGUGUCGGCGGUCAAGGCGUGGGCAAACAAGCCCAAGUCUGCGCCGGCCAAGUCGCUAGUCAAGUCAUCGGGCCGCAAGACAGGCGCAGCGCUGACAAAGCUGGAGAAGAAGGCGCAGUCGGCGGCACCGGGCCAGGCCGAGCUGGCGGCGGCGGGGAGCGCGGUUGAUGCGGCGAUCGAGAGUCUCGAGGAGUGCUCGAUGGCGGCGUCGGUCGGCGACCUCACCACCUCAUCAAAGCUCACGUUUGCGACGGCCAAGAAGCGUAUCUCGGACGCAAUCGAGGCGCUCGCCGAGGCGUCCGGGAGCCUGAGUGGCGAGAGCGAGGCGAUGGCGGCGGGUGCGAACAGCGUCGGCGCGGGCGCUACGCAGCUGGCGAAGCUUGUGGCAGCGGCGGCGGCGGCAGUGACCGAUGAGCCCGACGACUGCUCCGCCAUCCUCGCGGCCGGAGUGGCGUUCACCUCGGAGCUGCGCGCGGCCAUCGACGCGGCUGGCACUGGCGGCGAUGCGAGCGCCGGUGUCGAGGCCGCAGGUGCCGCGCUUGUGGACGCACUGGCGACGGCGGGCGCAAACGCCGAGGGUACAUCGGCGAGCGGGUCGUCGGGCGCCGAUGCUGUGGCGCACGCGCGUGACGCCAUUCUGGCGGCCGCCGAGCCGGCCAAGGACCGCGGGAUGACGUACAAGGACUACCAGUCGGACAUCAAGUCACAAGGCAAGAAGCUUGGCAAAGAGGUGCCGAAGCGGAUCAUGGUGGCGGUGGAUGAGGUGGCGACGCUGUACGCGCCGCUGAUGGCGUCGGUGGCUGCGGCGGCGACGAGCUCGUCGGCGCCAGACGAGCUGCGGGCGGCCGGGCGUGCGCUCUGCGACGCGUCGAUCAAGCUCUUUGAGGAAGCGGCGGAGCUCAAGAGCUCACCCAAGGACAAGGCGCUGCAGGCCAAGGUGGCAAAGAGCGCGUCGUCCAAGGUAGCCAAGACGAUUGCGGCGCUGCUGGCGGCGGCCAAGGCCGAAGCGUCGGCGGAGAAGGAUGCCGAGGAGGCAGCGAUUGCCAUUGAGGAGGCGCUCGGUGAGCUCGACACCAUGUCGUUCAUGGUGACAUCGGGCUCGCUGGCGGCGGCGGAAGGCACGACGUACGCAGACCACGAGGCGGCAGUGGCCAAGGCCGGAACCAAGGUCGGCAAGGCGCUGCUCAAGGUAGAGGCGGCAAGCGCAGGCGGCGAUACCGGCGAAGCAACCAAGGGCCUUGCCGAGAGCGUGAGCAAGCUGCUUGCGUCGCUGGAGGCCGGCGUGCCGGCGCUCGCGGAUCUCUCAGCACAGCAGGCGCUGCUGGACGCGGCCAAGGCACUGACUGAGGCGCUGGCUGCGUUUGCGACGUCGUCGCUCGAGCUGGCGAGCGAUCCUCAGUCGACCGAGGCAGCGGCGGCGGCAGCCGAAGCCAAGGCGGCGUCAACCAAGGAGCUCAAGCGGUUCCUCAAGGUCAACGCCAAGGUAGAGGAGCUGGCGACGUCGGGCAAGCGGCAGGUGACGACGGCGAUCGAGCUGGCCAAGCAGGCGGUCGAAUCGCUCGACGCGGACCACAAGGCUGGCGACAAGGACGACGGGACGCUGGAGGAGCUCGAGGCGGCGGCGGCGGGCGUGUCGGGCGCGGUGACCAAGUUUGUGGUCACGGCGCGCAAGGGCCAGAAGCCGGCGGGCGAGGCGGCGUCGGCGCUGGUGCGGGCGCUGGUUGGCUUUGUUAUGGCCGGCAAGGCGAUCGGGCCCGGGGUUGAGAACGAGAUCCGCGCUCCGUUUGUGGCAGCUAUGAAGGAGCUCGGGGCGGACGUGAUCAAGGCGCUCAAGGUGGUCAAGGCUGCAGGCGGAACAACCAAGAAGUCUGCGACGGCGCACAAGGCAUUGCGGAAAGAGGGCGCCAAGGUGGCCGAGGACGUGGCCGAGGUGCUGGCGACCGGGCUGGUGGUGUCGAACCCGGAGCUAGCCGGCGAGGGAUCAGCCGACGCCAUGGCGGCCAAGGAGCUCAAGUCGACGGCCAAGGACAUCGAGAACUCUGGCCUCAAGAAGCUCAAUAGGCUCCGGCCUGUGCGCGGCGAGGACGGCCUGAUGUCGUUUGAGGAACAGCUUGUCGAGGGGUGCAAGACCAUCAUGGUGGCGGCAGCCGGGCUGAUCAAGGCUGCGGCCAUGUGUCAGAAGGAGGUCAUGGCCCACCAGGCAGCUGGCGAGGGCGGCGAGGGCUCGAUGUGGCACACUGACACCGACUUUUCCACCGGCCUCAUCUCGGCGGCGCAGCGAGUCAAUGCCGAGUGCAAGCUCCUGGUCACUACCGCCGAGACGACGGUGAAGGACAAGCCAGAGAACCCGGCGCUGCGGAUCAAGGCCGCGGUCAAGGGCAUCACCGCCUCGACCGCCCACCUUGUUGUCGCCGCCCAGGUCAAGGCUGGUGACUCGAAGCCACAGAAGCUGCUCAAGAAGGCCGGCGGCGACGUCAAGCGGACGGCCGAGGCGCUCGACUCGAUCGCCACUCUCUCGUCGGCCGCCGCCGCUGCUGCCGCCGGUGGCGACGACGACGACGAGCUCGAUGACGAGGGCCAGGUCGCAGCUAACAAGGCUGACAUGGAAGCCCGCCUUCGGGUUCUCGCCGCCCAGCAGGAGCUGGAGAAGGCGCGGCAGGCCGUGCUCAAGCGCAACAAGCGCAAGUACAAGAAGUAGAUUAAAGCCGCCAAGACGCGCAACAACGCGCGAUCCCUC